GAAUUUCCUACAGCACAUGAAGGCACCAUGCGCGCAGCAGCAGCUCGUUAAGCCUCUCAGCUCCAGGUCAGACAGUUUGUGUUUUAACCACCCGCCCCCUUUUUUUUCUCAGACUCAUGAACACAUCAUCUUUGCUGCUCUCUGCUCUUUUGCUCGCUUCCUCGCAGGAUCUUUGCGUUUGGAAGUUUUGGAAGCUCAGUUUUGCUGCAUGCCUAACUGAGCAGAAGCAGCUUUUUUGUUGUUGUUGUUGUUUCUGCAGCACAGAUGUUUCUAGUUUGACCUCCUCCUCAUCCUAUGUCUGCCUCGUCUGGAUGUUCCCACAUUCCGGUGCCUAAGGAGAACAAGAGGACGGAGACAAACGUGCUGAACAUGUUGAUAAGAGUGCUACACGCAAAGCCAAUGUAACUUUUUUUUAAAUUCUCCUAAAGUAACUUCCCAGCUCGUGAGAUCACAACAACACAUGCCCAAUCCCUAGUAAACAACAGCUGGGAUGUAUUUUUAUAGACAAUCCAUCAAACUCGAGGUGCAACUCAGCAAUGCAGCUGAGAGGAGGAAAGAAAAUCGCCACAUUUUUUCACCAAAUCCUGCAGAGUGAUCUGCGAAACCAAAUCAAGCUCCAGGUAUCGACACCGACGGCUGUCUGAAAAGCUUCCAAUGCAUUCCUGCUCUAACUUAAGCCUUCAGAAGAUGCUGAGGAAGAUGGUGACGAUGAGGAGGAUCUUCCACGUGAAGGCAGAUGUGAUGUGCACAGUUCUGCUGCUGAUGCUGUUCUGUAUACUGCUCUACGUCCAUCAGGUAGUGCUGUCUUCUGGAUGGGACAAGCCGAUGUGGAAGCUGGAGAUCCACGGUUCUACCAGCUCCAGUCGGACUCUGCUGGGAGCCAGUGGGGCUAAAGUGAACCAGGAGUCUCAUGGGUAAGGCUUUCAAUAAUCCAGUCAUUUGUGUUCAUAUAUGUGUUUUUGAUUUUCUAGUUUGCCAGACUUCAGCACUGACACACAAAAGGGUUGUCUUCUAGAUGAAUUAAGCAAUUUGAAGCUUUGGUCCAGGUUAAAAAGAAAUGUGAAAUUCUGUUUGCAUCAGCAAUGGUUGCCUGAUUUCUGCACAAUAGUAUGGUAGUAUGGUCAUAAGGAUCCAAAACAGUUUUAUUGUCAAGUAGGUUUUAACAUAGGAGUAAUUUGGUUUGGUAUUUUAGUGCAUUUCAGCAAACACUAAUAUGCAGAUUUUCAUUUUUUUAAGUGUUGCAAGUCAGUAGACAGACAAAUAAGAAGCACAUUCAUUGUGUAAGAAUGUGCAGAAUAUCCACCUGAGAAUGUGCAAGGUUGCAUAGUAUGUAAUAUAAUGACUUGAAAUGUGCAAAAGGAUAACAAUAAAGCUAUUUAAAAGCUGUGCAUUAACAUCACACAUAGAGUCAAUGUCUAUGAAUUUAGAGUUUGGUACAUUAUUAUUACUAUGAGACUAAAGACCCCUAUUGCAAAAAUUAAGGUUUUUAACGUGUUAGCAUGCCCAUAUGCAGUUUGAUAUAUGCCACAAGACAUAUAGUGAGUGGAAUUAGCAGCCAACACAUGGCUGAACAUCUCCACCUUUAAACUGCAGUUUCAAAAAUGCAGACUCUGACUUCCACGGUUUCAAACCUCACAAACCCGAGGAACCAAUUUGGUUAUUUGGUAAGUUGACCUUUUGACUUUUUCAAUUUUCAACUUGAGCAGAAUAUAACUAACGAGUUAGAAUAUAACUAAAUAAACAACAAACCAAAUUGAAACUCAUGUUCAAUGUUCAGAAUAUUUAUUUUACAGGCCAGCCUUUCAAGAAAAAACAGCAACAAUACAACUGGAAAGUAACUGUAGCCUUCAAUGACUAAUACUGCUUAUUCGAGGUAGUGGUCUUGCUGAAGGCUGUAGCCCUCCCCAAAGAUGUUGCUUCGGGCAUACGGUAGGAGAGAUGGUGGCAUGCCUUGAAGUUGAUGACCAAUCUCGACCUAAACGAAUAGGGACAUUAUUAAGAAGCUGUUUAGCUGCAAGACCAGCUGUUUACCUGAGCUGAAUUGUGAUCUCUUCUACAUGACCUGCUGAACGGUUAGCUUUCCAGCUCUCUGGGACAGGGAUAUUGUUUUUCUCUGCCAUUUCGUAGGCUAGAUCACGGGAUUUCUUUGCAGUGAGGCCAUGAAAGUGGUCAGCCAGUUUUUUUUUCACGUGGUUUGCAAGGUCUUCCUCCAUCUCCUCUGUGGAGACCCUCUUUGCGUUAGCUGUCCCUGUGUAGCCUGCCACUGUCACUUCCCCUCCCUCUUUCUUUUUUAGGAAUCUGCGUAAAGUUGACCUGUCAAUAUUUGUGUCUGUGGCCACUUUUCUUAUGGAUUUAGCUUGUUAACAUUCUAAACUGUGGUAACUAGUUCUAAAGAACUGAGGCUGAUGUGUAUUCCAUGACUAGUUUUGCAGUUAUUUGACCUGAUGAUAAAAAGCUAGAUGAAAGAUAACUACACAUCCUGCAGUUCAUUCACUCUCAUUAAGUGUAUUGAGCCUGGUUUAAAGAGCCUAAAGAGAUAGCUAAAGUGGCAGGAGAAGGACUGUUAGUCUGGUCAUUAUUUAUAAGAUUUCAUCCCACAUAAGGACCCUGAUGCUAGUUGUGCUUGCAGACAGACUGAAUAAAAUAUGGAGAUGUUCUCACAAACUGUCUGCUGCUGGGCUGAAAUCCAGAGAUGGGAUCAAAGCGCUGUGCAGUUUGUUCUAUAUGAAUAUUCAUCCUGCAUAUGUUGAGUGCAUCAGUGUAUGUACACACAAUAUGUUGUAGUUUAUAUAAAUGCUAAUUUCCAUCUGCAGUGAUUCACAAAGGUCAACACAUUCUAGCUCCUAUAUUUAUAUUGGUUUAUUUAAUCUUUUAAUCUUUUAUUCCAACAGGUAACCUCUCUGAGACUGUGAGCUCUUCUUUUCUCUUAAUAAUACAUGAGUAUAGUCUUGAUUUUAGCUGUUUUUUGCAUUUCAGUUGUCUAUUUUUUAGGACAAAGUAUCUGAAGUCAGUUCUCUCACGCUCAGUUUAAAUUUAUGAUGCAGACUAUCUUCUAAUCAUAGGUGACCCAACUUUGUAUGAGACCAGAGAGCAGAAUUAAUGAGGCAGUUUAUCCAUUGGAGCACUUUUGGUAAAAUACUUGCCAAGCAGUUUCCUUCUGUCAGUUAAAGAGGACCAUCCCCCGUUUCAUGCAUGAUUAAGUAAGGAACUUAUUAGCUGUAGUAAAGCACAGAGUACAAUGACACGCACAGUCAAAAGGCUUUAAGAUGCUUUGAGAGCGAAACAUGCAAACACAGAAUGCACAAAUAAUCAAAAUCAGAAAACACUAUAGGUUUACCACUUUUUAGCAGCUUAGAAAUUCAAUUAUAACCUUUAAUUUGCUUGUCAGGCUCCUCAAAUGGAAAUGUUCCUUACUUAGGGAUGUUUCGGGAACCAUUUUUGAACACAGACUGACAUAUUUAUGGAAUCUUUGUGAAGAAUAUGUCUAUUCAAUUUAAUAUUCUGUCUUCUAAGUCUCCAUCCAGCCAUCUAGAGCCACAGCUGCCUCCCUGUAAGCCUCAACCAAAGUCUAAACCCUCUCAGUCCAAAUCCAAACCUCAAUCCAAGUCCAGGACCAAAUCCAAGCUUCGGAAGAAGAACGUGACGCCCACCAAGACUGCUGGCAAGCCAUCGCCGACGAUGCCGCCGUUUGACUUUGAGCGCUACCUGAGAGAAAAGGACAACCGAAACUUCAAGCUGCUCAUAGACCAGCCGGAGAAAUGUCAUGUCAGAGAAGCAGAGGAAGAAGAAGGAACUAAGAAAGCUCCCUACAUGCUCAUCGCGGUGAAAUCUGUAGCCGCAGAUUUUGAUAAGCGUCAGGUUGUCCGUCGGACUUGGGGUAAGGAGGGACAUUUCCAAAACAAUGUGUCCAUCCGUACGGUUUUCCUGCUCGGGGUUCCCAGGAAUCAAUCCGCUCUACCUCUGUGGGAUCGACUCCUGGGUUACGAGAGUCAAACCUUUCGGGACAUCCUGCUGUGGGACUUUGAAGAUACUUUCUUCAACCUGACGCUGAAGGAAACUCACUUUCUGGAAUGGGUCAACAGCAGCUGCCCCCAUGUCAAGUUCAUCUUCAAAGGCGAUGCUGAUGUGUAUGUUAACAUAGAAAACAUACUAGAGAUGCUGCAGGGUCAAAAGCCAGAAGAGGAUCUGUUUGUUGGUGAUAUUAUUAUUCACGCUAAGCCCAUUCGCCGCCGCACCUCUAAGUACUUUGUGCCCGAGUUCGUCUAUGGAGGCGGUUUGUACCCGAACUACGCAGGAGGAGGAGGUUUUGUGAUGUCCGGACACACAGCUCGGAGGCUCAGUUCUGCCUGCCAGCAGGUGGAGUUGUUCCCAAUCGAUGACGUCUUCCUGGGAAUGUGCCUCCAGCUGAUUGGCGUCAAACCGUCUCGCCAUCAGGGUUUCCGGACCUUCGGCAUCCCCCGGCCCUCUGCGGCUCCUCACCUCCAGACGUUCGACCCCUGCUUCUACAGAGAGCUCAUGGUGGUUCACAGCCUCAGCGUCCCUCAGAUCUGGCUGAUGUGGAACCUCCUGCACGACCCCAAACUCAGCUGCCACAACAGCACCAACCCGACAUCUGGGCCCUUCAGAUGGAGGGGGAGGAUGGGUGAGGCGGUGGAGGAGGAGGCGGACUACGGUGGGAAGCAGGUGUUUGUCACACAUUAGUGAUUUUCUCCAGGGCCCAGUGGGAUCUUUAUAAGACUUGGCAAGUCCAAAAUGGUCACAUUGCAGGGAUUUUGACUCGCUCUGAAAGGCUUAUGAUGUGUUCAAAAGUAUGGUUGAGUCAUACGUGACUAUCUAAGCUGGCAGACUGUCUCGGGGGAAAUGAACUGGCGAAAUGUGCUUCAGAUUAUUUGGCAAGGAAGCCCGAAGAGAGUUUAGCCGUCUGCCAUCGGUGCCCCAUCUGUCUUUUCACACUGUGCUUGUGGACAAACAAAAUUCGGGUUUGCAAAAAAGACUGUGAGAUGAGUUUUUGAAUGUAUUGUGUUGCAGUUGUUUACACGGAGAUCGGCAAGGACGACAUGACAUAGGAAAUGUGGUUAGCUGGUUUAGCCUCAUUUAACAUCUGUUUAUCUUAGAUCACAACAUUCUGGCUUUCUGGACUGAAUGAGACCGAACACUAUGGAGACUAUUCGUGAAUCGCGAGCAAAGAUGUUCCUCUCUUCCCCUGUUCUGCCGGAUAAAAGCACAAAUGGACAGUCGCAUUAUCUGUUCCCUGGGGGAACAACAAAUGAAGUCUAAAUGGAAACCAUCUGUACGGAGGGAACCAACUGGGACCAUGGCGAACACAUGCCACACAAACACUGAGAAAACCUCUGCAGAAUGUCGGUUGUUUUCAUGUGACCACUCUGGAAUUGCUUUGAUUUAUUUUGUGCGAUUCUGUGUUGAUCUCAGAUCUCCCUCAUAUCUUCACUCUCAUCUGUUCUCACAUCCGUCAGUGUUAAAAAUGCUGUAAGGCAGAUUCAUAUUAAGCUGCAUUCCAACAGAACCAUUGCUCACAGAUUUAGACGGGUCGUGUUUGUAUCUGUUGGAAUGAUUGUUAAACAGCGUCAUGUUCUGAGCUUGUGCCUAUUUUUGCCAUGUUGGCCCAUGACUGAAAUAUCUCAACUGGAUGGAUUGCCAUUAAAUUUGGUGUUGAGAAGGUG